AGCCGAGACCAGGAAGCAGACGGUCAGCGAGCCGGCAGCAGCAGCCAUGGAGAUGGAGUACGUCCAGGUCCAGAGCGCCACCGAGCCUCCUCCGGGCUCCGCCACCCCGGCGGAGGAGAGCGGCAGGGGAUCGUCGGGGCGGCCGUCCCCGCCGAAGCGCCCCGCGGGGCGGACCAAGUUCCAGGAGACGCGGCACCCGGUGUUCCGCGGGGUGCGGCGGCGCGGGCGCGCGGGGCGGUGGGUGUGCGAGGUGCGCGUGCCGGGCAGCCGCGGGGACCGCCUCUGGGUGGGCACGUUCGACACCGCCGAGGCCGCCGCGCGCGCGCACGACGCCGCCAUGCUCGCGCUCUGCCGCACUGACGCGAGCCUCAACUUCGCAGACUCCGCCUGGCUGCUCGACGUCCCGCGCCCCGCCGCCGGCAGCGCCCCAGCGGAGCUGCCGCCGCUGGCCGACGUACAGCGCGCCGCCACCGAGGCCGUCGCGGGGUUCCUGCGGCGCCACGGCGGGGACGCCGCUCCGCAGCACAAUGCCGCCUGGUCGUCCUCGCCGGCGGCUGUUGAAGCGCCGGCGGCGGCAGGGUCGGUGCUGGACAACGGCAGCUUGCUCGAGCUGGACGUGUUCGGCGGCAUGGACGCCGGAUCCUACUACGCGAGCCUGGCGCAGGGGCUCCUCAUCGACCCGCCGCCGACCGCCGCGGACUGCCCGGAGGACGACGAAGACUGCGAGGCCGGAGAAGUGGAGCUGUGGAGCUAGCUUACAGCUCCCAUGAUUCGAGGACCCGAGUAGGAGUAGAAGUGUAGAACAGAGAGGAUCAUCUGUUUCGUUUGUGCCCCGCAACAAAUCGGGCAGGAAUUAAACAAUCUGAUUUGCCCCCGUC